UGUAAACAAUUUUGUUGUUGUUUAGAUCAAGUUUCAGCCAGCAUCCAUCAAGAAUGGAAAAGACUUCAGAGACGAAAACAUCUCAGAGUGCCGUGCCCAAGCUCUCCAGAAAUGAGCACUUUCUCUUCAUAUUCACCAGGAUCUUCACCGCCACGCAAAGAUCAACCCCUCUUCACUCUAAAGCAAGUAACCCUAAUCUGUGAAAGGAUGCUAAAAGAAAGAGAAACACAAGUGACAGAGGAAUAUGAUAAAGUCUUGAGAGAAAAACUUGCAGAACAAUAUGAUGCAUUUGUUAAAUUCAACUAUGAUCAGGUUCAAAGGAGAUUUCAUGAGACACCACCAACAUAUGUUUCAUAGAAUUCAUCCUGAGCUGGCUCGGAGGAAUCAUCAUUGUCCACUUCCAAGUAGUUCUCAUUUCUUGAACCAGUGCAGCAGGGUUUACAGAGUUGCUGCAUGGUUAAUCAUGAACAAUUAAUUGACAAUUGCAAAUGACUGUUUUCUAAAUGAUCAUCAGGAACUCAAUUCGUUUUUAAUCUUGUCUUGUCGUUGUUCUAUUAGUGUAUACAGUACAUAUUUAGUAACAGAUAUCAAAUGUUAAAACCUUCUAUACUGAGUAACCUUUGCUUUAUAACAUUGACCAACUAGGUACUAACGUUCUGUCUUUCCAUUUACUGUAUUCUGAUCCUCUUAAACUUUGUUGUUCAUUGUUAUACAUGUAAAUAUGUUUGUAAAUAUGACCAGCUGAUUAGUUCAAGUUGUAAAUCUUCUGUGUUAAUUAAUCUAGAAUUUUAGUGUCAAAUCAUAGUCCGGUUGUCUGUUGACAUUAAAUUGCAUUUCGCUGUUAGGAGCAACAGGAAAAAUAAAAUUUAUUCUAUGCCUUACAUGUUUUACUGCA